AGAUAUAUCUAUAAUCUUAAAUAGUUUACAAUAACUUUUAACAGACAUACAAAAAUUUUUCUAUAGCGGUUCCAUACAAACAAUUAAAUAGUUUCCAAGUAUUUUCAGCCCAUUUUGUCUAAAAUGAAAAUUUUUGUUUUAUUAUUAUUCGUGUGUACCACAGGACUGGUGGAACCACUUAACAACAGAAGGUUUCCUGCUCAUUUUAUGAUUGGAGCAGCAACAGCGUCCUAUCAGGUGGAAGGUGCAUGGAAUGAGGACGGAAAAGGAGAAAACAUUUGGGAUCGACUUACACACUCCCCCAACUCUCCAGUACUAGGAAACCAAAACGGAGACAUAGCUUGCGAUUCAUACCACAAAUAUAAGGAAGAUGUUGCAAUGUUGAAACAUCUCGGAGUCAACCACUACCGAUUCUCCAUAUCAUGGUCAAGGAUUUUACCGACAGGAUUCACGAAUCGGAUAAACCAAGCAGGAAUAACGUACUACAAAAAUCUGAUAAAGGAACUGCAGGUUAACGGCAUUGAACCGUUCGUUACUAUGUUCCAUUGGGAUACUCCUCAACCAUUACAAGAUAUAGGCGGGUGGACUAACGAAUUAAUCGUCGAUAAAUUCGCAGACUACGCUAAAGUACUUUUUGACAACUUUGGACAUGACGUUAAGUACUGGGUAACUUUCAAUGAGCCAAAACAGACGUGCCAAGAAGGAUACGGUUCUGGAUCGAAAGCACCUGCCAUAAAAUCGCAUGGAAUCGGAGAAUACCUUUGUGCUCACAACAUUAUAAAGUCUCAUGCUAAAGUAUGGCACCUUUAUGAUAGGUAUUACCGAAAGAAACAACAAGGAAUGGUGGGAAUAACAAUUGAUACCAUGUGGAUGGAGCCUGAUACGGACAGUGAACUAGAUAAAGUUGCCGCUGAAAGAAAAUUGCAAUUUAUAUUCGGUUGGUAUGCCAAUCCUAUUAUAAACGGCGACUACCCAUCGCAAAUGAAGCAAUUUAUCGCAAAAAGAAGUAUUGCGCAAGGUUUCAAACACUCCCGUUUGCCGCAAUUCACAUCAGAUGAAGUUAAAUACAUCAAAGGAGCUAUUGACUUUUUGGGAGUAAACCAGUACACAUCAAUGUUAGUACGGCACAUGGACGAUAAGAAUAAAACCGAAAUAUCGUGGGAAGCUGACUCAGAAACGUUUCUUUACCAACCAGAUAAUUGGGAAUCAACUGCUACAGACUGGUUGAAAGUCACUCCAUGGGCGUUAAGGAAACUUUUGAACUGGAUCAAACACACCUACGGAAAUAUUCCUCAGAUUAUUACUGAAAAUGGAUACUCGGAUAACGGAACAACCUUGGAAGACGACGGAAGAAUCAAUUAUUAUAAGCAACAUUUGAGUAACAUCAGGGAUGCAAUCGAUGACGGUGUCAAUGUUAUUGGAUACACCACAUGGAGUUUAAUGGACAAUUUUGAAUGGUUUAGAGGAUAUCAAGAGAAAUUCGGAUUGUACCAAGUAGACUUUUCGUCACCGCAACGAACUAGAAGCCCGAAAAAGUCCGUCAGUUAUUUCAAACAUGUAGCAGAAACAAAAUGUAUCGUUGAUGUAUCGGACUGCGUUGUCGAUGUAGACGAAAUCGUUAGAUAUAUCUAUACAAAUGUCGAUAAAAUUGUGUUAUCGUAGAAAAACCAAACUAAGUUAUUAAGUUAUUUAUUUUUUUAGUAUUGUGAUAUACUUACAAUGUUAUUUAUUUAUUUAUUUGUGUAUAGUCCUACUGAUGAAGUAAUUUAUAAUAAAUUAUCGAACAU